AUUCGCCGUCUGGCAACAUGGCAUUCAGUUUUCAGUAAUAAUUGACUAAGGGAGCUAAAAAAACCAUCAAGUUGGAGCAAUCAGCGUAGAAAAACUUGCAGCUAACAAAUUUCAAUCACGUGCAAUGAUGUCCAGUCAACGUGGUCAAAGCAGCUAUGGGUCUAAAGCACCCAUAGAUCUGGAACACAUUUGGUCAGACCUUUUACAAGGCAUUGAAAAAGUCUACAACAAACAGGCUAUGUCUAAAAAACAGUACAUGGAUCUAUACACGCAUGUGUAUGAUUAUUGCACCAACGUAAAUAAUCAAGGAGGAAGGGGUAACUCUGUUUCAAUCCCUUCUGCUGCCACUAGUAAAGCCAAGAAGAGCCAGGCUGCUGGUGGGGCCCAGUUUGUAGGACAUGAACUGUAUAAAAGAUUAAAGGAAUACCUAAAGGCUCAUUUAGUCAGUGUUCUUAAGAAUGGAGUCGACUAUAUGGAUGAGCCUGUUCUAAAGUUUUAUACACAGCAGUGGGAAGAAUACCAGUUCAGCUCAAAGGUUUUGAAUGGAGUCUGUGCCUAUUUAAACCGACAUUGGGUGAAACGGGAAUGUGAAGAAGGUCAGAAAGGCAUUUAUGAAAUUUAUCAGUUAGCCCUUGUGACAUGGAGAGAGAAUUUGUUCCGCCAUCUUCACAAACAGGUAACGAAUGCCGUGCUGAAACUCAUUGAAAAAGAGCGAAACGGUGAUCCUAUUAAUACACGAUUAGUUAGCGGUGUCAUGAACUGCUACGUUGAACUUGGGUUGAACGAAGAAGAUCAGACUGCAAAGGGACAGAAUUUGUCGGUGUAUAAAGAAUCGUUUGAGAAUUCUUUUUUAGAAGAUACAGAGCGCUUCUAUACCAGAGAGAGUGCCGAAUUUCUACGCCACAACCCAGUGACCGAGUACAUGAAGCGAGCCGAGCAACGACUUGCUGAAGAACAAAAACGAGUUCAAACUUAUUUACAUGAAGCCACCCUUGACAAGCUAAGCAAAACUUGUGAAAAAGUCCUUAUUGAAAAACAUUUAGAGAUCUUUCAGGCGGAAUUUCAACACCUUCUUGCCGACGAUAAACACGAUGACCUCGGAAGGAUGUACCAAUUGGUGUCGCGCAUAUCAGAAGGGCUAACAGAAUUGCGAACAUUGCUCGAAGAUCACAUAACUCAGCAGGGCUUGUCGGCCAUCGAACGCGAAGGAGAAGCAGCACACAAUGAUCCUAAGGUUUACGUUACUACCAUUUUGGACGUGCAUCGUAAAUACAACGCGCUUGUGAUGUCAGCGUUUCAUAACGAUGCCGGAUUUGUGGCUGCUUUGGACAAAGCUUGCGGGAAGUUCAUUAAUAGCAACGCAGUGACGAAGGCUGCAAAUUCGUCGUCGAAAUCGCCAGAAUUGCUGGCCAAAUACUGUGAUCUUUUACUGAAAAAGAGCGCCAAAAAUCCUGAAGAGGCCGAGUUAGAGGAUACGUUAAAUCAAGUGAUGGUCGUUUUCAAGUAUAUUGAAGACAAAGACGUAUUUCAAAGGUUCUACAGCAAAAUGCUGGCAAAGCGUUUGGUGCAACAUAUGUCGGCUUCGGACGAUGCCGAAGCAUCAAUGAUCUCCAAAUUAAAACAAGCCUGUGGUUUCGAAUAUACUUCUAAGCUUCAGCGCAUGUUUCAAGAUAUCGGAGUCAGUAAAGAUCUCAACGAACAAUUUAAGCGCCAUCUAACCAAUUCUGCCGAGCCGCUUGACAUCGACUUCAGUAUUCAGGUUUUGUCAUCUGGAUCUUGGCCUUUCCAGCAAUCAGUCAACUUCUCCCUUCCAUCCGAGCUAGAGCGCUCUGUUCAACGUUUUACUACCUUUUAUAGCAGUCAGCACAGUGGGCGCAAGUUACACUGGCUCUAUCAAAUGUCUAAGGGUGAAUUAGUCACCAACUGCUUCAAAAAUAGAUACACUCUUCAGGCUUCAACUUUACAGAUGGCUGUACUUUUACAAUACAACGUCUCUACCACUUGGACAGCCACACAGCUAAGCGAUGCAACAGGAAUCAAAAUGGAUUUAUUGCUGCAGGUAGCACAAAUUCUGCUGAAAUCUAAACUGUUGUCGUCGGACGAUGACGAAAACGAAUUGCAGCAGUCAUCUCAGCUGUCGCUUUUUGUUGGAUACAAAAACAAAAAGUUACGAGUCAACAUCAACAUUCCGAUGAAGGCUGAAUUAAAACAAGAGCAAGAAGCCACGCAACGGCAUUUAGAAGAGGAUAGGAAGCUACUAAUUCAAGCGGCAAUCGUACGCAUCAUGAAAAUGCGCAAAGUACUCAAACAUCAACAAUUACUGGCCGAAGUCCUUAACCAGCUUUCGUCCCGUUUCAAGCCGAGGGUGCACAUAAUAAAGAAAUGUAUUGACAUCCUGAUCGAAAAGGAAUAUUUGGAGAGAACCGAGGGACAGAAGGAUACUUAUUCCUAUCUCGCAUGACUUCUUUAUUCUGCGAGUUUUCCCUUAACUUUUGCCAUUUUCGCGUUUAACUUCUACGCUAAAAAAUGGGAGUCGAGGAGAGAAAGAGUUUUCACGGUUGUUGCCGCUGUUCACUAGCGGUUUUUACGAACAGUGGGAACCGUGACCAAUUCUAGGAACAAAAGACGCUCACGGAGUUGAUCAUAUGACUCUUGUUUAGCUUACCCAUUUCUGUCUUGACUCCCACCUUAUAUUUACUUCUUUUUUUCGUUUUCUGUUCGUGUAUCUUACUGCACUUUUGAUUUGGCAUUUCCCCCCGUCUGCUCAUCCCCUCCAUCUGGCUGAGAACUCUUUGUAUAUACGUAAUCUUCUGAUCUGAGCGAUAGUUAGAAGAGGGACUCUUUGCCAAAGGGAGUUGUUUGCCUUUGCUAACUAGGGUUCCUCUCUAAGGCUGUGCUGUACUAAGUUGAUUGAAAUCUUGUGACCAUGCUACAACAUUGUUCCGCCUUCUUGCGGGAUGAGUGGUAAGUGUAUUUUGAGUCCUUGGUUUUUGUCGCUCUCUGGAGGUUAUCAUUUUCGAUUGUUAGUGGGUGCGAAUGGGUUAAUGUGUGAAGUUCUGCUAAUAAUAUCACAAAUAAAAAUGAAAAUUAUUUCAUAUUAGAAUUUCCGAA